UCCCGGGACAGCUUCAAGAGCAGCGGCUUUGGGCUCAGCUCAGCUGCUACGCCGUCUCGACGCCUCACUGCUCCCAGGCUGCAGCUAGAAGCGCUCAUCGCGGCUUGCCCUCGUCUCCUUUUGUUCUCCGUUCAUUUUCUAGAACUCAGGAUCUGUCAGGCAGAAUGGCGCAGCACCCAGAGUUUGAGCGGGCUGGAAAGAAGCAAGGCCUCCAGGUCUGGAGGGUGGAGAACUUCAACCUGGUGCCGGUUCCUGAGAACCUUUACGGAGGAUUUUACACGGGAGAUGCGUACAUCAUCCUCAACACCAUCAAGCAACGCUCGGGAAAUCUGCAGUAUGACCUCCAUUUCUGGUUGGGUGAUUUCUGCACCCAGGACGAGAGCGGCUCGGCGGCCAUUUUUACAGUCCAAAUGGACGACUUCCUGGGAGGGAAACCCAUCCAGUAUCGGGAAGUCCAAGGAUACGAGUCCAAAACUUUUCUUGGCUACUUUAAGUCUGGGAUCAAGUAUAUGAAAGGAGGCGUGGCUUCAGGGUUCAAGCACGUCGUCACCAAUGAGGUGGUUGUACAGCGACUGCUCCAGGUCAAAGGUCGUCGGACUGUCAGGGCAACGGAGGUGCCGGUCAGCUGGGAUAGCUUCAACCAAGGGGACUGCUUCAUUUUGGACUUGGGCAAUGAGGUCUACCAGUGGUGCGGUUCCCAGAGUAACCGCUUUGAAAAGCUGAAGGCCGUGCAGGUGGCGAAGGGGAUCCGCGACAACGAGCGCUGCGGGAGGGCCCACGUCUACGUCUGUGACGAGGGCGCCGAGAGAGACAAGAUGAUCGAGGUUUUAGGAGAAAAGCCGGAGCUGCCUCUCGGCACUUCUGAUGACAUCAAGGCCGAUGCUUCCAACAGGAUGAGGGCCAAACUCUACAAGGUGUCCAACGCCAAUGGCGGCAUGACGAUUGCGCUGGUGGCUGAAGAGAACCCAUUCCAGCAAAGUGCCUUGGAGACCGGCGACUGUUUCAUUCUGGACCACGGCUCCGACGGCAAGAUCUACGUAUGGAAAGGUCAAGGCGCCAACAUGGACGAACGCAAGGCGUCGAUGAAGGCGGCCGAGGAGUUCAUCAAGAAGAUGGGCUACCCCAAACACACCCAAGUGCAGAUCCUGCCCGAGUCGGGCGAGACGCCGCUCUUCAAGCAGUUCUUCAAGAACUGGAGGGACAAAGAUCAGACGGUGGGCCUGGGCAUGGCCUACAUCGCCAACAGCAUCGCCAAGAUCGAGAAGGUGGCCUUCGACGCCGCCACGCUGCACGACUCCCCCGCCAUGGCCGCCCAGCACGGCAUGGUGGACGACGGCACUGGCGAGAAAGAGAUUUGGCGCAUCGAGGGAUCCGACAAGGUGCCGGUGGACGCGUCGACCUAUGGCCAGUUCUUCGGAGGAGACAGUUACAUCAUCCAGUACAAAUACCACCAUGGAGGACGUCAGGGGCAUAUCAUCUACAUGUGGCAGGGCAUGGACUCCAGCCAGGAUGAAAUUGGGACCUGUGCUCUCCUCACCGCCCAGCUGGAUGAGGAACUUGGUGGCGGCCCAGUGCAGGUUGCCGGUGCUCCUAUAACCACUCAGGUGAGGGUGGUGCAGGGUAAGGAGCCGGCCCACCUGAUGAGUCUGUUUGGAGGACAGCCCAUGGUGGUCUACAAGGGUGGCACGUCCAGGGAAGGAGGUCAGUCAGAGCCCGCAGAGACUCGCCUCUUCCAGGUGCGCUCCAACUCCGCCGGACACACCAGAGCCGUGGAGGUCGACGCAGUGGCGGCCAACCUGAACUCCAAUGAUGCUUUUGUUCUGGUGAGCUCCGGUGGUUCCUUCUUGUGGGUGGGCGUGGGUGCCAGCGACACUGAGAAGACUGGAGCCCAGCAAAUGUCUGACCUCUUGGGGGUGUCGCCCUCUGAGCUGACUGAGGGACAGGAGACAGGUCAGUUCUGGGACGCUCUGGGAGGAAAAACCGAAUAUCGCACUUCGACCAGACUCAAGGACAAAAUGGACGCUCAUCCUCCUAGACUGUUUGCCUGCUCUAACAAGACCGGGAACUUCAUUAUUGAAGAGGUACCUGGAGAGAUAACCCAGGACGACCUGGCCACUGAUGAUGUCAUGAUCCUCGACACCUGGGAGCAGGUGUUUGUCUGGAUCGGCAACGAGGCCCAAGAAGAAGAGAAGACCGAAGCGAUGGCGUCUGCGGCGCGUUACAUCGAGACAGAUCCCGCUAACAGAGACCGCAGGACCCCCAUCGUGAAGAUCAAGCAGACCUUCGAGCCGCCCACCUUCACCGGCUGGUUCCUGGGCUGGGACCACGACUACUGGACCAGCGACCCCCUGGAACGGGCCAUGGCCGAACUGGCCCUGUGAGCUCACGCCUGGUACCCGGAGCUUCGCAUCAGAGCAGCACCUGAUACUUAGCAAGCAGAAGACUGUUUUUGCUUUUAGCUGCUAGUAUGUCUUGAGACUUGUGUAC